AUGCUCCUGUUAGUCUGUGGCGAUAACUUUGUAGUUAUGUUUCUGGGAUGGGAGUGCGUAGGAAUCUGUUCAUUCUUACUCAUAUCUUUCUGGUUCACUCGGGUUCAAGCCACCAAAGCAGCGAUUCAAGCUAUCUUACUCAACAGAGUAGGAGACUGGUUGCUAUUGGCUGGCCUUUUUUCCCUUCUAUGGGUUUCUGGGUGCUUAGAUUUUGCUACAAUAUUUGUAUUGGCUCCUUACAUUAACGGAGACCUGGUAACACUCUCAGUGUUGGCUCUCUUAGCAGGGGCAAUUGCCAAAUCAGCCCAAUUCGGCCUCAAUGUUUGGCUUCCUAAUGCGAUGGAGGCACCCACUCCUGUGUCCGCUUUACUUCACGCAGCUACUAUGGUUACAGCAGGAGUCUUUCUAUUAAUGAGAGUAUCCCCUUUGCUGGAGUACAGCAGUACAGGAUUAGUUCUCACCCUUUGGGUAGGAACCUUGAGCGUGUUUUUAGGUGCGAGUAUUGCUUUAGUGCAAAACGACCUUAAGAGGGUUAUAGCUUACUCCACUGUAAGCCAAAUUGGUAUGAUGGUUCUGGCCAUAGGGCUCUCACAGUACAAUGUAGCCUUAUUCCAUUUAGUUAAUCACGCCUUCUUCAAGGCCUUGCUCUUCCUAUCAGCUGGUUCAAUGUCUUUGAUGGCUGUUCCUUUUUUGACUGGUUUCUACUCAAAGGACUUGAUCAUUACAGGUGGUUAUGGCUCUUAUACUCUAAGUGGUAAAGUGGCAUACUGGUUGGCUGUAGUUUCGGCUACACUUACUGCUGCCUACUCUACCCGUUUACUCUACUUAACAUUCUUGACCAACCCUCACGGCCCCAGAGCCAAUUACACUUCUGUUCAUGAGCCACCGUUAGUCAUGGCUAUACCUCUUGGAGUCUUAGCUAUAUUCAGUGUUUCUUUUGGAUUGGGUUCCCUAGUCUUGAAAAUGGGGUAUAACACUUACAAGGUCCUUGACAAAGGGGUACUGGAGCUGUUAGGACCAUAUGGUUUGGUAUGGUUAGUUACCACUAUAUCUUCACGUGUCGCUUCUCUCGAUUCAGGCUACAUCCCUCACUAUGCUCUUUACAUGAAUGGUGACAGUGCGGACCUCCAAGACACUUGGUUGACACCUUGGCAGGUUUUCUUAGGGUUUGUGAGCCCUACCUUAGACAAGACAGAGAUUGAGGUUUAUGCUCACUAUGAGGACCGGCCUGACGUCAUGAGACCUAUUCAAACUACAGUUUUUAAACUGCAAGCUCCUCUCUAUCAAAACUUACACUGGGUUAUCCACAAGGACGGGCAACUUAGGGGCUAUGCUUCUGACUCUAAGGGCAUACCCACUCGCCAACGUCUAACCAAAGAGCAAAAAACUCUGAUCGUUUUCCCUCCUCAUAUCAAAGAGGUUAUUACAGGAUUAAUUCUUAGCGAUGCCUCACUGAAAAAAGAUCAAAGAACUCCUAAUUCAAAUGCAGCACUUAAAAUUUGA